AUGGACAAACCUAGUAAAGCACCAAAUAUUAACCCAAAGAUAAAAAUAUAUGUUGGUGACACAUGUAAUAAGGCCAUAUUAACACUCUUUGAUAAACACAGAAAAAAAACUAGUGAAAAUCAACUACUACAAGAGGACCAUACAUCCCCAGUGACAGUAAACUCAAUAGAUAUACAGGAACUCCCAACACAAGCUAAUUACCUUUCUAUUCCAAUUCUUAACAAUAUAAUUGCAAACCUGACACCAAUAGAAGUAAUAGGAGAAGAAAGUAAUAAACAAAACACAAAGUAA